AUUUACUACCACACCUCUUCUGGAUGCCACUUCGACGAAAGCCUCGAACUUGUGAUGGCUUUGGUGCAAUACUCUGAGUCGGAAUCCGAGUCAGAAACUGAGUCACCCCAGCGUCUAGUAAAAAGGCCCCGACAGACCAGCAAUCAACCCUCCUCCCUCCCACCAUUACCCGCAGCUUUCCACGACCUCUACGCCUCCAGCACUCGCGUCAGCGUGAGGGACGAUCCCAGUCUUCACGGAGGCCGGAAAAGAGUCAUACCACAUGUCGAAGGGAACUGGCCGACCCACCUUUACUUAGAGUGGUAUCCAUCCAAAGCAGAACUUUCUAUUCUUAGAGAUGUCAUAGAUCAGAUCAACGACAGGCUCGAUGACAGCACAACCCAGCUCCACAGCCUACUGCAUAGUGACCUUGGCGCGCAGCUGCCACUCCACAUCAGUCUGUCUAGACCGGUGGUGCUGAGAACAGAACAGAGGCAACCAUUCUUAGAGGACUUCCAGUCCGCACUGAGGGAGUCAUCCAUACCAGCGUUCGACGUCACGACACAAAGUCUAGACUGUGUCUCCAAUUACGAGAAGACACGGUGGUUUUACGUCCUGCGUGCAGACAAGCCCGAGGCGGAUAGUUUGAACCGCCUUCUUCGACUCUCGAAUCGAUCGCUUGCUCGGUUUGGGCAGCCUCCGCUAUACGAGUCAUCACAGGAUGUGGCGGCAGUGCUGAAGUCAAAAAGCCCAGCACAGCCACAGGGGAGCCGGGGGACUGGCCAGACCGGAAGCGACUAUUCGCACUGCUUCCAUGUUUCGCUGGCCUGGAGUUUGACGGGCCCAUCGUCCGAAGAGAGGGAGCGGAUUGUAAGUAUCGAUUUGCAAAAGGUACGGGGGUUGAGUAUUCGAUUUGAUUGCGUAAAGGUGAAGAUCGGAAAUAAUGUCUCAAGUAUCCCCUUGUUGGAGGGUACUAGAGGAUUAUCUACAUAGAGUUGUACAUACGGGCUUGUAUACAACGUCAUCUCAAUAUUGCAAGUAAGGUGUGGUGUUUAUUGGGUUAUUGGCCUCUUGAUUCGCUGGCAAUGCUCUACAUUCCGCAGACUGUUCUCUUGUUUUCC